UUCUCUCUCUCCGUGUGUGUGUUUCUUCCUCGUAGUAAACACAGCGAGUCUCUCAGCCUCGGUCACGUUCUUUCAAUCCCAGCGUCUGUCACAUUAGCUCCUCCAGAGUUCCCCCCCCCCUGAGGCUCGGGACUAUUCUACAAACUUGACACACACACACAGACACACACACACAGAGACACACACACUCAUUUGAAGAAGUUCUGAUUUCACACCGGGACUAAAACCUUUCACCACCUGACGCCUGUUGGACCUUUGAGCUAUUGAUCGGUUCCUCUGCUCAGACUCACCCUGGCGUCCGUUCUAGAGGAGCAGAGUUUUCCUAUGGUUUGCCACCACCCGGACUGCCAGGACCUGAACAGCAAGAGCCCUCUUCACCUGUGUGAGUCAUGUGACUCCCGCUUCCACUCGGAGAACACAGACAACAUGCACUUUGACCGACACCCGCGAUUCGACUUGCAACCUCAAGCCUCCAUCCUGGCUCGGAACGUGUCCACGCGCUCCUGCCCCCCACGCACCAGCCCCCCCUCCGACCUGGAGGAAGAGGAGGAGGGGACCAACGACCGCGGGGAGCGUAAAACGGGGGGGCUGAAGCUGGUGAAGAAGAAGCCGCGGAGACGCCACACAGACGACCCCAGUAAGGAGUGCUUCAGCCUCAAGUUCGAUCUCAACGUGGACAUAACCACAGAAAUCGUACCUGCGAUGAAAAAGAAAACGCUGAGAGAGGUUCUGGGGCCGGUGUUUGAGAGGAACGGCAUCGAGCUGUCCCGGGUCGACCUCUUCCUGGAUCAGUCCAACACGCCGCUGUCACUCAACUUUGAGGCGUACCGCUUCGGAGGACACUACCUCAAGGUCAAAGCGCGGCCCGGCGAUGAGCUGAAGGUGGAGCAGGGUGUGAAGGACAUGAGGUCCCUCAGCCUGCCCAACAUGAAGCCCUCGGGGGGUCAGAGCCCCUACAUCCUCACCCCGGGCAGCGAGCGGGUGGAGCACGGGUCCCUGGGACGCAAGGAGACCAUCGACCUGCUGAAGGUGGGUAAUGUGAUUGAAGACGAAUCGGCAAAAGUCAAGGGUCAGGCGCGAAAGAAGAAGAACAUGACGGAGUUCUUCGGAGAGAAGGACAUCCCCACCCAGGAGGCCCUGGGGCAGCUCGGGGGCUCGCUGCCCAGCUGUGGACCCGGACCCGACAGCUGGAAGAACCGAGCGGCCAGUCGCUUCAGUGGCUUCUUCAGCUCCAGCGCCGGGGGAGGGCCCUUCGGAAAGGACGGGGAUCGUCUGGAGCAGCUUCAGAGCAAACUCCACACCUACUGGCAGCUGGGCCUGCCCAAGGUGCCGCGGCAGCUCUCCUUCCACCAGGACUCGUGGGAGGAGGAGGAGGAGGAGGAGACCAACCUGGUGCUGGAGGACAGCUGGCAGUCGCUGCUGGACGACUCCGAGUCGUUGACAAGGAAACAGUUCCACCAGCAGGAGGCGAUAUGGGAGCUGCUGCACACGGAGGCUACGUACAUAAAGAAACUCCGAGUCAUCACUGAUCUGUUCCUGUGUGGCCUGCUGAACCUGCAGGAGAGCGGCCUGCUGACGGAGGUGGAACCUUCCAAGAUGUUCAGUAACAUCCAGGAGCUGGUGCUGCUGCACACGUCCCUGUGGAGCCAGGUCAUGCUGCCGGUCCUGGACACAGCCAGGAAGGCCCGGGCGCUGCUGGACCCGACCGAGCUGCACCACGGCUUCAGGACGUUUGGCUCCAGGUUCCAGCCGUACAUCCGGUACUGCAUGGAGGAGGAGGUCUGCAUGGAGUACAUGCGAACGCUUCACCGGGACAACGAGCUGUUCCGGACCUUCGUCACGUGGGCGGAGACGCACAAGCAGUGCAACCGUCUGAAGCUCGCCGACAUGCUGGCCAAGCCUCACCAGAGACUCACCAAGUACCCGCUCCUGCUGAAGAGAGUCCUGAAGAAGACGGACGAGCCGUCGGCCCGAGACAUCGUCAACAACAUGGUGGCGACGGUCGAGGGCUUCAUCAACAGCGUGGACUCGCAGAUGCGUCAGCGGCAGGAGCGACAGAAGCUCGCCACCACCUCGGCCCGCAUCGACUCCUACGAGGCAGUAGAGGGCAGCAGUGAGGAGGUGGAGAAGAUCCUGAAGGAGUACAGUCACUUCGACCUCAUGGCGCCCAUGAGGGGCGUCUCGCCGGAGGAGACCCGGCAGCUGCACCUGGAGGGGGCGCUGAGGAUGAAAGAGGGCAAAGACAGUCGGAUGGACGUCUACUGUUUCCUGUUCACCGACCUGCUGCUGAUCACCAAGCCGGUGAAGAGGCUGGAGAAGGUGAAGGUCAUCCGCCAGCCGCUGUUCAUGCACGACGUGGUCUGCAAGGAGCUCAAAGACCCCGGCUCGUUUAUCCUCAUCUACCUCAACGAGUUCAAGAGUGCAGUGGCGGCCUACACUUUCCAAGCCAACAGCGCCACCCAGGGGCGAAGCUGGAUCGAUCUAAUCUGCAAUGUCCAGAACCAGCUCCAGAGGCUCCGCACUGAGGAGGUCCUCCGACAGCAGAAGAGUCCGAAGACGUGUUCGGGUGAAGAAGAGGAGGAGGAGGAAGAGGAGAGCAGCAACUCCACCACCAGUUCCCCGUGCUUGAGGCACAAAGACCAGCAGAACUCCAGCCAAUCGGACGGCUCCACUGAGACCCUGUCGGUGAUGGACAUCGAUGAACCCGGUGAAAACCACGAGUCUCCUGCUCCCAACAUGAACCUCGGGACCACCAAGACGGACUCGGACUCGGAUGUGGCCCCUCAGUCCGAGGGCUCUGAGGUCCAGAGGUCCCAGUCCACCAGCUCCCACAAGGUCCACUCCAGUAUUUACUCUGAGGUCGACCAGGAGGCGCGGCCGGGCGGCGAGGAGCUGGACCCGCAGUGUCGCUCGCUCUCCAUGGACAGCGCCUACGGGACCCUCUCCCCCGAGACCCUCCUGAGGGAACUUCAGCCCCAGCCCGGUGAGGGAGAGGAGACUGAGGAGGAGGAGGAAGGGCGGGAAGGAGGAGACGUGGAUGAGCUGGAAGAAGAGCAUCACAGUGAGGAAGAGGAGGAGGAGGAGGAGGAGGAAGAGGAGGAUGCUGCCUCACUGGGAUCCCAGGUGUCCGUGGUCCAGUGCUCCAAACCUCGCCGGCGGCCUCACGUCCAGACCCGACUGCACUGUCUCCAGAGGUUGUCCACUCUGACCCUGUCCCGCUCGGAGGACAACCUCCUGCAGCGGCUCUACGGCAAAACCUCCCCGACCCACAAACACUCGCUCAGCCCCCGGGAGCAGGAGGCGUCGCACUGCGGGGACACGCCGGCGCCGUCGCUGGUGCACAGCAAGAGCCUGACGGAGCUGGGACAGACCCGCACGGAGGAGGACGCCACCAGCACCGGCGUGCCGUCCGACAAAGUGUGCGCCAGCCUGAGGAGGGCGGAGGCCAGGCCCGGCCGCCGGGCGCCAGCCGGACAGUGUGAGGGUCACGAGUCCCGCGGCAACGGCUCGGACGGCGAAACGUCUCCUCCUGCCUGCGUGGGACGGAAAGAGGAGGCGGCGGCCGAGAAGAGGAAGUCUCCGGCUCAGCAGCACAAGAAGCUGACGCUGGCUCAGCUGUACAGGAUCCGCACCACUCUGGUCCUCAACUCCACACUCACUGCAUCGUAA